GACUAGGUUGAUGAAAGAAAAGAAUGAUUCCAUUCAAGAGAUUGCAGUUCUGAAGAAAGAACUUGAAGCAGUUCAAAACUCAUCUGAACAACAAUGCUUGCUGAUGAAAACAGAAGAGCAUGAUGUGACUAGGUUGAUGAAAGAAAAGAAUGAUGCCAUGCAAGAGAUUGCAGUUCUGAAGAAAGAACUUGAAGCAGUUCAAAACUCAUCUGAACAACAAUGCUUGCUGAUGAAAACAGAAGAGCAUGAUGUGACUAGGUUGAUGAAAGAAAAGAAUGAUGCCAUGCAAGAGAUUGCAGUUCUGAAGAAAGAACUUGAAGCAGUUCAAAACUCAUCUGAACAACAAUGCUUGCUGAUGAAAACAGAAGAGCAUGAUGUGACUAGGUUGAUGAAAGAAAAGAAUGAUGCCAUGCAAGAGAUUGCAGUUCUGAAGAAAGAACUUGAAGCAGUUCAAAACUCAUCUGAACAACAAUGCUUGCUGAUGAAAACAGAAGAGCAUGAUGUGACUAGGUUGAUGAAAGAAAAGAAUGAUGCCAUGCAAGAGAUUGCAGUUCUGAAGAAAGAACUUGAAGCAGUUCAAAACUCAUCUGAACAACAAUGCUUGCUGAUGAAAACAGAAGAGCAUGAUGUGACUAGGUUGAUGAAAGAAAAGAAUGAUGCCAUGCAAGAGAUUGCAGUUCUGAAGAAAGAACUUGAAGCAGUUCAAAACUCAUCUGAACAACAAUGCUUGCUGAUGAAAACAGAAGAGCAUGAUGUGACUAGGUUGAUGAAAGAAAAGAAUGAUGCCAUGCAAGAGAUUGCAGUUCUGAAGAAAGAACUUGAAGCAGUUCAAAACUCAUCUGAACAACAAUGCUUGCUGAUGAAAACAGAAGAGCAUGAUGUGACUAGGUUGAUGAAAGAAAAGAAUGAUGCCAUGCAAGAGAUUGCAGUUCUGAAGAAAGAACUUGAAGCAGUUCAAAACUCAUCUGAACAACAAUGCUUGCUGAUGAAAACAGAAGAGCAUGAUGUGACUAGGUUGAUGAAAGAAAAGAAUGAUGCCAUUCAAGAGAUUGCAGUUCUGAAGAAAGAACUUGAAGCAGUUCAAAACUCAUCUGAACAACAAUGCUUGCUGAUGAAAACAGAAGAGCAUGAUGUGACUAGGUUGAUGAAAGAAAAGAAUGAUGCCAUUGAAGAGAUUGCAGUUCUGAAGAAAGAACUUGAAGCAGUUCAAAACUCAUAUGAACAACAAUGCUUGCAGAUGAAAACAGAAGAGCAUGGUGUGACUAUGUUGAUGAAAGAAAAGAAUGAUGCCAUUCAAGAGAUUGCAGUUCUGAAGAAAGAACUUGAAGCAGUUCAAAAAUCAUAUGAACAACAAUGCUUGCUGAUGAAAACAGGAGAACAUGAUAUGGCUAGGUUGAUGAAAGAAAAGGGCGAUGCAAAUCAAGAAAUUGCAGUUUUGAAACAAGAAUUCGAAGAGGCUAAAAAAACUUACGAACAGAACUGCUUGCAAAUGAAAAUAGAGACCGGAGAAGUUCAACGAAGUCUAGAGGAAAGGUUAAAGGAAAUUACGAGCCUUGAGGAAAGAUUAAAGGAAGUUAUGAACCAUUUUACACAAUCAAGAAAUAGAGUACAGGAACUUGAAGAAUUUUCAGAAGCGAAGUCUCAGCAGUGGAGCAAGAUACAACACAUCUACCAAAUAUUUACAGAAUUCCAGCUUGGAGCACUACGUGAACUAAGGUUUUCAUCCCAAUCAAUAAGGCAAGAAGUUUCUAAAACACAAAAGAUCUACUCAGAGGAAUUUAAUCACUUAGGUGUGAAAAUCAAGUCAUUAGGAGAUGCAGCUGCAAGCUAUUCUGUAAUUCUUGCUGAAAAUAGGAAGCUACACAAUGAGGUCCAGGAGUUAAAAGGAAAUAUUAGAGUAUACUGCCGGGUAAGGCCAUUUCUUCCUAAACAAAAGGACAAGCAAACAAUUGUUGAAUAUGUUGGCGACAAUGGGGAGCUAAUUGUUAUGAAUCCUUCCAAACAAGCAAAAGAAGGCCGCCGGUCAUUCAAGUUUAACAAGGUCUAUGGUCCAUCUGCAACACAAGGUCAAGUAUUUGCAGAUAUACAGCCAUUGAUACAAUCAGUUUUGGAUGGAUAUAAUGUAUGUAUAUUUGCAUAUGGUCAGACUGGUUCAGGGAAAACUUACACAAUGACUGGCCCUGACGGAGCAACGGAAGAGCAAUGGGGAGUCAAUUAUCGUGCUUUAAAUGAUCUUUUCCGAAUUUCACAGACGAGAGGAAAUGCUUUCUCAUAUGAAAUAACAGUUCAAAUGGUGGAAAUAUAUAAUGAACAAGUUCGUGACUUACUUUCAAGUGAUGGCUCUCACAAAAGACUUGGGAUUUUGAAUACCUCCCAACCCAAUGGGUUAGCUGUCCCAGAUGCUAGCAUGUUUCCAGUUAACAAACCCUCUGACGUGUUGGAGCUAAUGAAUAUUGGAUUAAAGAGCAGAGCAAAAAGCUCAACUUCCAUGAAUGAAAGAAGCAGUCGUUCACACAGCAUUUUAACUAUUCAUGUUCGAGGGAUGGAUAAGAAAAGUGGUUCAUCCAUGAACAGCAGCCUUCAUUUAGUGGAUCUUGCUGGAAGUGAAAGAAUAGAUCGCUCAGAGGUAGCAGGGGACAGAUUGAAAGAGGCACAACAUAUAAACAAGUCUUUAGCCGCCCUUGGAGAUGUCAUUUCUGCUUUGUCAACAAAAAGUCCUCAUGUCCCAUACAGAAAUAGCAAGCUUACUCAGGUUCUUCAGAGCUCCUUAGGUGGUCAAGCAAAGACCCUAAUGUUUGUGCAGCUGAAUCCCGAUCAUGUUUCGUUUUCUGAAUCCCUAAGCACAUUAAAAUUUGCUGAAAGGGCAUAUGGAGUAGAGCUAGGGGCUGCCAAGAGCAGCAAAGAUGGCAAGGAUGUUAGGGAAUUGAUGGAGCAGGUCACAUCUCUCAGGGAAACAAUAGCUGCAAAAGAUGAAGAGAUUGAGAAAUUGCAGCAAGAUGCCAAAGUCACGAAAGUGUGAAGGGUUAAUUUCACUUUGCUCCUCCUCAUAAUUAAGCCACGCGGAGGAACUGGAUACCCAAUAAAGGAACUAAACACCAAUGCUCCUUAUUUGUACAAGGCGAGAAUCGAACUCCUAACCUCCUCACUUUAACCUGUUAGGCUAGAGGAUUGGUUCUUUUUCAUCUUACAGACCCUAAAAGCAAACCUGAAAUUCCAAGACCCUGCUAAACUCAUCUGGUUAUUUCUCUGCAAUUCCCAACUGGAAUGAGAUUCUGCCAGCAGAACCAAUCCAGUGAUGAAAAGUGAAAACUAGGAAGUAGUGUUAACAUGUAGCUUUAUCAUUUUAUUUUCUUCAUAAAUUUCCUUGUGUAAAACUGUUGGGCUGCCAGGAAAUUCUGUCAUUUGAUUAAUUUAUUCAAUCUCCUCCCCUUACUUUUUUUGGGGUGUAGCCCAGGGUUUCCGCCGUUGGGCACAGUGACUAAUCCCCUCGCUUCCUCCCCAUACUGAUAGUGCAUAAUUAGUUAUCUUUCUUGGUUGAACAGUUAUGUUCCUACUUCCUAGUAUGACAAUGGUUUAUUUUGAGGGGUUGAAUGGACACAU